AUGAACAUGUAUGUCCCAAACUUAAACUUUGCCUUCUGCAUCCAACUUUUCCUAUGUCUCUAUUCAAGCCUUUGGUGGGGCUUGUUCUACCUCCUGGUGUAGAAAUCCAAAAAGUCUUGCAAAUUCAAGUUCUAUCAGAGACACAGGACGCCAGCACCUUCUCAGAUACUCUCCCUGCCAGCCUUACAGAGAAAGCUGCAGAGUAGCCAUUCCCCAUCAGAGAAAGGCCGUCACAUUUACCCCUCCCCAGAUGUCUCCCACAAGAGGCUGCGCUCCAAAAGGACCCGGCCUUCAGAUCCACAGGAGUGGGACCUCUUCCCAGACCUGGCUCGCAAAAGCCCAGAGACAAGAGAGGGACCUGAAUUCUCCUUUGAGUUGCUGCCCAUGGCACGGACUAUUCAGGUGACCAUUUCACCAGGCCCAACGGCCAGUGUGCGUCUUUGUCACCAGUGGGCACUGGAAUGUGAAGAGCUGAGCAGUCCUUUUGAUGCCCAGGCAGUUGUGUCUGGGGGCCGGACUGCAGACCUGCCCUAUGAAUUCCUUCUGCCCUGCCUGUGCAUGAGAGUCCCCUCAGCCCGGGCAGCUUGUACCACAGCCUCCUACCUGCAGGAGGACUCCGUGAGGCCAAAAAAGUGCCCCUUCUGGAGCUGGCCUGAAGCCUGUAUUGCCUUACCCCUCCCCCCCUGGAAUGUGAGCGUGGGCAUCCGGGCCCAGCAGCCGCUUCUCCACUUCUCCUUGAGGAUGCGUGCCACCUUCAGUGCCACCUGGAGCCACCCAGGCUCAGAGCUGGACGCCACGGUGGCCCCUGUGUACAGUGUCAGCCAGACUCAGGGCUCAGGCCCAGUGGCACUAGACCUCAAUCCUUUCCUGAGACCAGGGGCUGUGUGCUGGGCAGAGAGGAAGAUCCGUGGCCAGCUAAGCGACAGGGCCCUCCUCACACCACCGGCCAGGCGUCAGCAAGGGGCAUUUGUCUGCCUGCGCCAGAUGGGGCCCCCACCUCUGUACCACACUUGA